AUGAAUAAAACUCAAGAAAAAUUUAACAAAAAGGAAGAAAAAUCCACAUUUAGGAGAAUUUUACCUCAAAUUUUUGCAAGCACAGCGAUGAAUUUUCUCUUCGUUGGUUUCGGAAUGGGAGUAGCAAUACCAACAAUUGUCAUACCAGCAUUAACAGGCCUAAAGAAUAGAGAUGAAAAUGAGUUUUUACGUUUUACGGAUGUUCAAGCUAGUUGGUUUGCAAGCGUUUCUUACAUUUCGCAACCGUUUGGGAGUCUGUUAUCUGCAGUGAUUCUUGAGUACUUGGGACACCGAAAAAGCAUGAUAUUAGUUGAUAUUCUUCACAUUAUUGGGUGGUUAAUGCUGUAUUUUGCCUCCAGUGUCGUUGAAUUAUUUAUUGCGGUCGUUAUUCUCGGAAUUGGGGUUGGAUUUAUUGAAGCACCAAUUUUGACAUAUGUUGGAGAGAUCACUGAGCCAAGUAUUCGUGGAGUCAUGACGUCAGCAGCACUUUUUUCUGCAGGCAGCGGAUUUACAUUUUUAUUAUUUCUUGGAACGCAGACCACGUGGCGUACCGCUUCCUUGAUAUGUUGCUCUGUUCCCAUCGUGACAGCAAUUUCAUGCCUUUUUAUUCCCGACAGUCCGUAUUGGUUACUUUCCAAAAAUCGAGAGAAAGAUGCCUUUAAAAGUCUUCAAUGGCUUCGUGGAGCCGCAAAUGAAGAAAUUGUAAUCCAAGAGUUCAGCGAAAUGAAAUUUUACAACGAAAAUGCGAACAAAUGCAUUCCAUGUCAGAAAAAGCGAGUCACAAUUUGCUCUCAUACCGAAAGUUUCCGUGAAAAAGCGAAAGAAAUGCUGCGAAAACGAACAUUGAAGCCAUUUUUGCUUGUGCUCUCAUUUUUCACGUUCUAUCAACUGAGUGGAAUGCACGCCAUGCGCUCGUAUCUCGUACAACUUUUCGAGACUUUUGAUUCUCCGAUCGACUCGAACUGGGCAAGUGUAAUUUUUGGCAUUAUGGCAACGAGUGCGAACAUCGUUUGCACAAUUUCCGUCAAAUUUAUCGGUAAACGACGAUUAUCGCUGAUUUCAAUGGCUUUUGCGAGUCUCAGUUGCUUUGCACUCGCAUUGUACGCUUUUAUGGUGAUCCCGCAUGAAUGGUCGAGUUUUGACAAACACAUGAAAGGUCCAUCGGAGCAACUUGAAGACGGAUUAACGUACAUUCCAUUCGUUCUUUUCUUGAUUUUGUCAUUCGCUACAAAUGUGGGAAUCGUUCCUAUCCCGUGGAUGUUAAUUAGUGAAGUUUUUCCGAUCAAAACUCGUGGAUUGGCUGGCGGAUUGAUUGUGGCAUUUUAUACUUUUAUCAGUUGCAUCACCACCAAAACUUAUUUGGAUCUGGAAAGAGCUUUGGCAGUGUGGGGAACAAUUUUAUUUUAUGGAGUAAUUGGAGCAAUUGGAUUUGUUUUUAUAUUUUUGUUCAUUCCGGAGACGGAAAAAUGCACGUUGGAAGAUAUUGAGAGACAUUUUUCAGAUAAUAAGCGCAAACUGACAGAUAUUAAAAUUCAGAAAAAUAUUAAAGUGGACACAAAUCAAAAUGCAAUGUCAGAAGUUCAUGACAACAAAGCAUUUGAAAAGAAUUGA